AAGCAUGAGACCUUGCAAAGGCACAGCAAGAAGAUUAUGAAGCGCAUCUCCAUUUCUAGUUGGUUGUCUCAGCUGGGUCUCCCAGAGUACUGUACUCUUUUUGAUCAUCAAUAUGAUGGGGUAGAGGAUUUACUCCACCUGACGGAAGCUGAACUCAAGAAAAUGGGAGUUGAGAAUCAAUUCCACCGUACACACAUUAUUUCCAACAUCUUGCUUCUUCAAGAAGUAGGAAGAAAACAAGAGUUAAGGAUGAUUGCAGCUGGGAAGUUUGCAAGUCUCCCAAGGAAUAUGCAGAUGAGCCAUGAAUUCUCCUUGGCCUCUUCUAUGGACCUUUUGACCAGCAAACCAUCUCUGGUGGCUGAUCAUCGCUCAGGUAUAUGUCAAGAUAUUUCUAUCCAUGGCACCCUCCCAAGGAAGAAAAGAGGAACUGUUCCUGUUGGAUCUUCUGAACCCUUUCACCAUAUGGGAACUUUGCCAUACUGCAAAGCACAUCGACCUCAAGGACCUUUAAUUCAAGAUAUCAUAGAGGAGUAUCCCCAGAAAAGCAAGAAGAACGACAGCUUCUUUCGCAGAGGACAGAAUGCUGUGGACCCAGCUAUGGAGUAUGUCAAGUGGGAGGGUUGGAAGCAUGAGACAAAGACAAACCAGACAGAUAAAUUGGCUGUUGAAGGAUUUUUGGUUUGCCCAAGACUCCACAUGAGUAGCCUAACAUGCCAGGUCCCUGUGGGAGAGAUGACCAGAACUUUUUCAAAGGAGAGGCAGGUGAUGGACAGUUCCCCAGAAAAAUUGAAGAAAGAAUUGGAAGAGGAGCUGCAGAUGAGCAGCGAAGAUCUGCGCAGCCACGCCUGGUAUCACGGACGUAUUCCACGUCAGAUUGCUGAAAGCCUCAUUCAGAGAGAUGGAGAUUUCUUGAUUCGGGACUCUCUCUCAAGCCCUGGGAAUUUUGUCCUUACCUGUCAGUGGAAAAACAUCUCUCAGCAUUUCAAGAUCAAUAAAACCAUAUUGAGGCUCAAUGAAGCUUACUGCCGUGUUCAGUACUGCUUUGAAGACGAAAGUUUUGAUAGCAUCCCUGGCCUGAUUCGGUGCUAUGUAGGAAACCGCCGGCCAAUAUCAAAGCAGAGUGGAGCAAUAAUAUUUCAGCCCAUCAACAGGACUGUUCCAUUGCGGUGUCUGGAGGAGAAAUAUGGCGUUACCCCGGGCCUGCAAAGAGAAGGCAGCAUUCCUGAAGGACAAGUAGAAACUCCAAAAAGGCUCAGUCUCAAUAUGUGCAACCGUCAGGCAAGGGAGCAGAAUUCAAUUCGAGGAAACCUUUUAAGAAACAAAGAAAAAAGUGGGAGUCACCCAGCAUGCUUGGACCAUGUGCAGGAGAAAAGAUUUCCUCUGAAGACUCACCAGUCAGAAAGCUACCUGCCAAUAGGUUCAAGGCAUCUCUCUCAGGGAACUGAAGUGGAAACGAGCCCUUGCCCAAAGUCUCCAGCCUUCAGGACAGGCAGCGAACCAGCUCUGAGCCCCCUGAUGUUUCGGAGAUUUGCUUCUGAGUUGCAUAUCAACGAUGUUCUCAGGGGUUCUGACAGCCAGCUCUACCCGAGACCUCCACCUAAACCCAGUAAAGUGCCCUUUGUGAGGCCAUCCCACGGUUCGGAAGUGCUCUAUUGUGAACUGAAUGCAGCUCUUCCCACAGACUGUAAGGUUUCAAAGCAAACUUUAUGUCAGAAGAACAGCUUUGUAGACUAUCUGACUAUUAAGGAGAAUGGGACACAUUCUGAAACAAACUACUUAAUCCUGGACAACAGAGAUUCUUUCCUGAGCUCUGUGGAUACACUAACAGCCCAGACAGAAAUAAGCAAAGAGAGUAGUGUCUUUGUCGCACCUGUUCUUGAGAUGGUCUCCAGUUUCCGGCCAAAUGAUUUUGAGUCAAAACUUCUUGCCCUGGAAAACAAACCCUUGGAGACAGCAAUGUUAAAAAGAGUGAAGGAGUUUUUCACUAACAACAGUGCAAAGGUCAUCGCUCUACAUAUACUUAGGGUGGACUGCAAGGUUGCUAGGAUACUAGAGGUCUCUGAAGAGAUGACAAGGAUCAUGGGAGUAAAAUCAGGCCUGCAACUUAUUACACUGCCGUACGGACACCAACUGCGCCUUGACAUAAUUGAAAGACAUAAUACUAUGGCAAUUGGAAUAGCGGUGGAUAUUCUUGGCUGUACGGGAAACUUAGAAGAGCGUGUUGCAACAUUAAAUAGGAUUAUCCAGGUUGCUGUGGAACUAAAGGAAUCUGUGGGGGAUCUCUAUGCAUUCUCAGCUGUAAUGAAAGCUCUGGAAAUGCCUCAGGUCACAAGAUUGGAGCAAACAUGGACCAUGUUGAGGCACUGCUACACUCAGACAGCCAUUAUGUAUGAGAAGCAGCUGAAACCAUUCUGCAAAGCCCUGCAUGAAGGGAGAGAGGUCACAUGUGUCCCCCAAAAUGUUGUCACUGUUCCCCUGCUGAUGCCACUGGUCACUUUGCUGGAACGCCAGGCAGUUGUAUUUGAUGGGAUGGAUGUGUGGGAGAACACUGACCAAAGCUGUGAAAUCAUGCUGAAGCACCUGGCAACAGCUCGCUUGAUAGCGCAGAAUGCCAGUCUUUAUAGCGCAAAUGCGGAAAGGAUACUCACAGAUUUUCAGCCGGAUGAUGAGAUGAAUGAGAUCUUCAAAACAGAAUUUCAGAUGAGAUUGCUCUGGGGCAGCAAAGGAGCACAGGUUAACCAAAGUGAAAGAUACGAGAAAUUCAACCAGAUUUUAACUGCACUCUCCCGAAAAUUAGAACCCCAUCUAACAAAGCAGAAUGAGUCAUGAAAUGUCUGGUGGACUCUCCAAUACAGACAAUUCAAUUAUUGAAGGGAAAACACAUUGUAAAUAAGGCUAUGCAAAUAUCUGCAAAAAACCUACUUUUUCAAGACAGGAAGAGGCAGUUUUGACUCACCUUCUGAGCAAAAUAUGUUUUUCAGGACUGGUUUGGUGCCUACUGUUCACCUGCUGUUACAUUUGGUGUGCUAAUUUUUACAAACUUGGAAAUAGCAAUGCAAGGACUUAGCACAACCAGGUCCAAACAAGGGCAGAGCUUUGUAGCUUAUGAUUGUUUUCAAUCUGAAUAUGCAGACAUUUUCCUGUCCUUUCAAAGCAAGGUUUGAAUGGGGAGCAUAUUAACACUGCCAAAAGUUUUUAGAAAACCCCCACAAUCCCUCCCAGGAUGUUUGUUUUUAAAAAAAAAAAAUCAUAGCCAUACUAUAAAUUUCUGACAUCCACAGAGCUUUCAGUGUACGUAAAUUGUAGCAGAUACUUUUAUUUAUAAGUUGUCUAUUAAGAAUAACUACUGAUUUUAAAAGGAUUCAUUAUUUAUUUUCUAUUGAUGCUGCCUUUCAUGAUUUUGGGGUCCCUGAAGAAGCUGAUCACUAUGACAAGUAUUCAAGCCAGUGGUUAUGUUAGGGUGUUUUUAGUCUUCCAUCUGAUAAUCGUAUUAAUACACCGUAAUGUAAAUAUGAGUAAACCUUAAAGUAUCAGCUGAGCAGAAGUUAUCAGUUGUAUGAUAGCCCUUAAAUUGAUACAGAAACUGUAUAUAUUCUUUGUGAAUUAAAGCAUUUCUUUGAAGUA